CUGACUGCGAUCGAAACGGUUCAGCCAUUCGGCUUGUACACUUGUGCUUUGUGUCUGACUGCUUGUGCUUGUGCAACUGGUUUGCUAAUAAAAAUUGUAAAUUCAAAUAUUUCACUUUUGCGUUGUUGAGUUUUCGUGUGCGACCGAACGGAGUUCUUCUGGCCGCAAUUUCUACGACUUUCUUCAGUGUUUGUAUAAUAAUACAUAAGUGCAAUAAAAAUCAAGCGGAUUCUACAAAAUGGGCUGUACAUCUGGUGUUAUGAAAUGUCUGCUGAAUAUAAUGAAUGUGCUGAUGGCGAUCUUCGGCCUGCUGCUGAUCGCUUUGGGCGCCCUGUCCUUCAACACCGCACCCAAGGUGUACGUCUAUUACCUAUUUAUUGUGGGUGGCAUUAAUUUCAUCGCCGCAAUGUUGGGUUGCUGCGGCAUUUGCCAGGAGGAUGUUUGUCUCACGACCACGUAUGCCAUCAUCAUUGCGCUUUCGUUGAUUUCACAAGUUGUUGGCAAAAUCUACGCCUCCGAUUCCGCGGCAAUCAAACAAUUCGCCACUAAGGAUGUGGAGAAGACAUGGCUGGAGGAAAUUAAAUUUGCAGGCGCUAUGAAUAAUACACAACAAACGUAUCAUUGCUGCGGCAAAGUCGGACCUAAAGAUUACUUAGAUAUUGGACGCCCUGCUUACCCCGCCAGUUGCUACCCCAAAAUGAUUGUUAAUCAAACGACUCUCUGGGAUGUCGGUUGUGUGCAGGCGGCAGAAGAUGAAUUCCUCAGCGUUUUCAAUUACUCGUCGAGCGGUGAAUGGGGAAAUCUGAUCGUUACGGGUGUCAUGCUGCUGUUCGCCAUUUAUCUGGUCAUACGCUUCCGCAGCAAGCAGCGUCGUUAUGAUUAUUAAGUUGCUGAGCGCGAGUGCAACAUAUAUUUAAAUACUUACUAAAAUUUAAAUGAAGCAGUAAUAAAUUUUGGCACAAAUUGGAAUGUGUAUGUCUAUUAUAAAAACAAAAAGCAAAGCUUUAUAUUGCAUAAUUUUUAUAUUUGUUGUAUUUUUGUAUAGGGCAUUUAGGAAUUUUUUUUUUGCCUGUUGCAAUGUAUUUAUUUUCACAUAACUGUAUACGUAUGUAUGUACUCGAAUAUAUGUACUUUUCCAUUGUAAAAAAUUUUAAUAAACAAAAGAAAAAUACAAAUAAACUAAAACUGUUGUUAAAUACUAAAAUUGAAAUAA